AUGGCUGACAGCGAGAUGAAGUGCCUGAAGUGCUUUGUGGAAGUGUCAUUGGAGACUUCGCAUGCCUCUGGCCGGAAUGCACUUCGUCGAGUGUGCUUGGAUUGCUCCAACACGGAUCGGUGGCUUCAGAGGUGCAAAAAAACAAAGGGCAAAAGCAAUGAGACACCCAAGGAGAAAGAACUCCGGGAGAAUGCGGAGAAGGUUUCGGCCAGCCUAGGGAAGAUGACGGCAGAGGAAAAGGCCGAAUGGUACAAGAAGCAAGCCGCCGAGCGGCAAGCCGAGGGCCCUCGCCGCCGGACCUUCGAGACUGCUGUGGGAACAUUGACAGAGGAGAGGACACGACACCAGAAGUCUGAAGACGUGGACAAGUGGUGGAGGUUCAAGGAUUGGGCAGCCAGGGAGAUCCUGGUAACAGGGUGCAAGCAUACCGAUGUGAAGAGGCUUUGGGACUUGGAGUUGCAGAAGCCCGGUGCCAUCACAAAGGUUCAACGCGGAGAGACCCUCUUGAAGGAUUGGGCCGGCCAGGAGGAUCGCUUGGGGUCGUCGCACUCCGUGAGCGCCGGCAUGAAGCAGAGAAUGGACUUGCACCGCAGCGAGGACCUGUCCAGAUUCCAGGACCAGUCGAGCAGUCGCCUGGAGCGAGGCGAGUCGUUGCUGGAAGCUGACAGGCUGCUGAACCAUUCGAACAACACAAACCAGGAAAGUCAGCUUCUGCGUGUCCAGGAGGAUAUGGAAGAAGCAGCAAAGGUGCGAAAGGAGCAAGAGCAGAGGCUCUACGAGGAGGCGGAAAAGGCGGAGGAGCAGCGGAAGGCCAGGCAGCAGAAGCCUGUGAAGCUCAACUCGGCCAGCCUGGAGCACCUGCAGUUUGAGCAGUCCAUCGAGAGGAGUGUCACGUCCAUGGACUCCUAUCUGAGGAAGCUGAAGAACAGCUUCUCGGGGCUGGUGGCCGAGGUGAAAGAAGCUGGUGUGGAAGGCUGUCCGAACGGGAAAGCGGAGCUGGCUGAGAAGCAGGAGAAGUUCAAGCAGCUGGCCGAGAACAUGGAGUGCUUCAUCCGGCAGAAAGAGCACUGGCAAGCGGAGAAGGACAAGAGCCCGCCGGAGGAAUUGGAGAAUGCCGCCCAGCACUGGAACCAGCUCUACAUGGACGUGUGCAGGCAGGUGAAGAACUUGGCCACGGCCGAGAGGGCCACCUGCUUGAAGACAUUCAUGGCGCAGACUCGAAAGUGGGUGAGUGAGUUCAAGAAGAGAAAUGGAAAGCUUGCCGGGAAGAAGGCGGCUGCGAGCGCCAAAGCGGCUGCUGUUGCUGCUGGGAGCAAGCAGCCCAUCAGCUCUGGCCCGCCAAGUGGCACCGACACCCAGAUGGGGGCAGACUUGCUGAAGUCCGUGACGGGGGCAAAAGCUGCUGGACAGGACAUGGGCGAGGUUUUCAAUUUGUCCUCACCCUGCUUCAACAUCAUGGACUGGUUGUGUGGCAAGCAUCCGAACUCCUGCCUCAAGAUCAUGGCCGCUCAGACCAAAUCCUUAAGGGAUGAGUGGCUUGCCAUGCCGUAUUACGGUCAGCAGAAGGAAUGGGUCCAGGAGCUGUGGAAGAAGGACAAGAAGAAGGUCGAAGUGUCCUUGGCGUUGGUGGCAAAGCCAGCCUUGGCUGGCAAGAUUGACAGGGCUUGGACAGGCCUCUUGGGGACAUCAGCAGCUGCCGAAUGCCUGGACAUCACCACGGAUGCGGACCUGCAGGAAGUGUUCCAGCCUUGCUACUGGUCAUUUGGAAAGGGAAUGAGCAAGCUGUUCUACAGCACCGACUACGGCCUGACAGAGUUAAAGAUGGUCUUGGAGGGCAGCGCUUUUUUCAUGGGAAGAGCCAUCUUUCCCUCAGAGCUUGAGAGUGGUCUGGGCGCAUUCUGCGAAAAGCUGAGGGGCAUGACGGCCGAAGCCUGGAUCGACGAGUGCGAGACAUCAGGCUGGCUGACCUGCGCAGUCGCUGGCGAAGUUGUGGGAAUCCCUGCAGGCCAUGCCUACAUCCAAGUCUGUGAGCAAGAGACGCACGGCGUUCGAAUCCUGAAGGGAUGCCGCCGUGGACUGAAGUACACGGUGCAGCUGCUUGACGCCAGAGUGAAGGAGUGGCCUGACCUGGCAGGACAGCGAACCGGCAGAUUGCACACGUGGCUGAAGAGCGUCUGA